GGAAAAAGAAGAGCAGAGAAGGGAGACUCAUUCAUGUUUUGCCUCUAGCUGUUAGAAGUUCAGUCGAACGAAUAGUAUAGGCACGACGCACCGCGAAUGUUGCGAGUCGUUUAACCUCGGACUAAAUCGAAUCGUGUUGCAAAACAUUAAUCGUAAGACCGUUCGAACGUAGGAUGUUGAGCACGUAGGACGUAUAUGAUAAAGACGAUAGAACGUGGAGAACGCAAGGACACGAGAAAUAACGUGAGGUAUAUCGCGUAUUAACGAUAUUCAGUGUACUGUGACUGUUUUCGAGAGCGUAGAGUGCAACACACCAGCCACGUUGCUGUUGUUUCACCGUCGGUGAAUGUGUUUUCUGUCAUUGAAUGCGAUAACACUAAGAAAAUUGAAACACUGGAAAAUUCGACUUCACGCACGGAGAGGAUCGAAUCAAUUUUAAUUGUUCAGUUUCGUUCGAUGGAUAAGCAGAGAGGAUGGUUAAGAAAAAAAAUAGUUUUUGAAAAUUGAUAUUUCUCUUUUUUGAUAACACUCGUUUGAAUAUAAAGAUAUUCUAUUAUGGUCAGCGGUGAUAAAGGGAAGACGACACAACAAUUUGUGCGAGGAAUAAUUAUGAAAAAAAGAUUAAUAAUAUUUAUGUAUUUUUGUUAAGCUAUUAUUAAUAACGAUAGAAAUACGAUAUCUCGAAUCGAGUUCAUUGAAACGAUAUAUAAGAAAUCAAGAUCGAUUUCAACAUAUUUGUAUUAUGCGUCAAUGAAAAAUGGGAAAUAAAUGGUUACGAUGAAUCGUGAUAUAUUUAUGUGCAAAUGUAUCCUAUUGACGAUAUUAUUUUGACUUUUCACCUUCGAUUUUGCUCGAAAAUUGACGAUCACAUUGUUUACAUAGCGAUAGAGGCAUUUGUUCGAUGAUCGGUGAUCGUUGCGAUCACCGAUCAGUAAAAACUUAUAUAUCAAAUAUAUUAUUUUGUUGGACGCGGGGAAGAGAAAAAAAGAAGGAAGAAAGAGGGAAAAGAAGGAAGGAAAAGGCCAGGAAGCAUCGCGCGUGCGCGAAAGAAUGGCCGAUUUGAUCUGUUUUUUGUUAGCAAUGUUCGGGCAAUUGCUCGUUCGUGAGAGCAAAGGUAGCCUUCUUGGCGUAGAACUCGACGAAACUGGACAAAAAUUUCUCAAUGAAUAUUUGUCUUUCGAUGAUGGAAAGUAUCUUGCAAAGUUGCAAGAGUUUGAAGAUACAGCGAUUGAACUUGAUUUGAUCGAUCAGAAGAGGAAACAUCGACCAAUACAUCAACCGCCUAGAGUCCUUUAUCAAAUCGGGGAUAGUGAAGAUGAAUUACCCGAAUGUUCGGACCGAAGUGAAGUUUGCAGCAAGGUGGAUUUAUACGGAUCACCUUGGGUCGAGAGGCAAUGCCGUUGUCCGGAUGGUCGUACUUGUCCCAGUAGUUUACACGGAGACGACGGACAUACGAUAGUUGAUAAAACACGACAGUACAAGCUUUGCGAGCCGGUGAAACGUCUACCCAUCUGUCGUUACUUCAAAGACGUCACAUGGACCUUAGCUCCUGGAGGGGGACCAGCUAAUGCAACGGUUCAGCGAGUUUAUUGCCGAUGCCGACCAGGCAGCGUACCUUAUCUAGUUCGAAGACAAGCCUAUAGGUCUUCUGAGGGAAACCCAGGAUUUAUUUAUGCAUUUGCGUGCUCUCCUCAAAGCAGAUUACGCUGUCAGCACAAAGAACCUUGUCGAUUGUUCACUGUACGAAAGAGACGGAGUUCACAGCUUGAAGAGGUAAAUGCAUCGCCUCUUUGUCAGUGUCCAAAAGGUCAUCGAUGUCCAAGAAGACACACCGACCCAGGUUCACUUCCAGCAAGAUCCUAUUCCGGUGUAUUAGAAAUUAAAACGUAUAGUGGGUAUUGCGUACCUUCGCAAUCGCAUCAUUCUGAAGCGAUUUAUAACGUUUGAAUUUAAAAAAUUUAAAACUCAGUAUCGCACUAUUAUAUAUACAUGAUCGUAUAAUGAAAUAAGAGAAAUCAUCAACUUGUGAUAUUUGUGAUCGGCAUGUGCAUUGUUGAUGUGCAUUAUGAAACUGUCAAAGCAUUCUUUUUCAAACAAGAAGAAUAAGAACAAGAAGAAAAUCACGGAAAGCGAUUAACUUCAAUUGAUCCCAACUUUUGUAUCAAACUUGGAUCUUUUUGAAUAAUUUCCGUUCAUUUUGAAUCUAUAAUAUAUUUUGAAUCUAUAAGUUUACCGUCCAGAGAAAGAGAGAGAGAGAGAGAGAGAGAGAGAGAGAGAGAGAGAGAGAGAGAGAGAGAGAGAGAGAGAGAGAGAGAGAGCGAGCGAGAGCGAGAGAGAAAGAAUAGAAUCCAUUAAAUACGUUGAAAUACCGCAUUAUUCUCUUGACUUAUAUAUACUUAUGCAUCGAAAUACAUAUGAUAUCAUUUUGACGAGGAAAUUAAAUUUUUCUCGUUUUUAAUCGAAAAUAAUAAAAAAUAUUUGAACGUUGAAUAUUUCGUUCGGUUUUGAUGGGAAAUAUUUGUUAUAUAUAUUUGUAUUGUAUUAUAUAGGAUGUUAUAUAAUGAUCACAUAUUUAAACUAAAAAACAUUACUUAUAACAUCCCUAUUUACUGAUUGUUUUGGGAACGAUGUUAUCUGUGAAUUGUAUUCGGUAUAUUAUAUUGCUAAGAAUUAUGUAAUAUCGUGUUUGUAAAUAUUUAAUUUUUAAAGAAGUGAAAUAAAUAAAUUUCACUAUUAA